AUGACGGUCUUCAGCAGGUCUAGACCUGACUCACAGCAGACGAUGACUGGCCUUGACGACGAGGAGUAUGCGCAAAAAGGCCUUGUAGAGCCUCGGUAUAUGGGCACUCUGGCGGAUCGGCGUGAUAUGAACGCUCUUGGCCGAGUGCAGGUUUUGCGAUCCCUGUACAUGGUGAUUAUGCAGACCACUUAUUCCAUCAACAGAUUGCUGGCGGCUGGUUUGACGGAUGGUGGUACAGCGGGCUUGAUAUGGGGGUUCACUGGCGUCUCAAUCGGGUUUACCCUUGUCUAUGCCAGUAUUGCUGAGAUGGCCUCGAUGGCCCCUACUGCUGGUGGACAGUAUCAUUGGGUGUCGGAAUUCGCACCAAAGAGAGGACAGAAGUAUCUCAGCUAUAUCACAGGAUGGCUUUCUGCAAUGGGGUGGCAAUGCGCCAUUGUGUCCAUCGCCUACCUCGCUGGCACAAUCAUUCAAGGUUUGAUCGUCUUGAACCAGCCAGAUUAUGGCUUCCAGCGAUGGCAUGGAACCAUGCUAGUAAUAGCUAUCUCGGCAUUCUCAAUCUUAUUCAACACCUUCCUAGCCAAGAACCUUCCCUUUGUGGAAGGUCUGAUUUUGAUCAUUCAUGUUGUUGGCCUGUUCGCCAUUAUCAUCCCGUUGUGGGUACUUGCACCACGCAACAAUGCGCAAGCAGUCUUCACCACGUUCAACAACGGGGGCGGUUGGGCUAGCCCUGGGACGGCAACACUAGUCGGCUUAUAUACUACCAUAACAUCCAUGCUUGGUUAUGAUUGCUCGGUUCAUAUGUCCGAAGAAAUCAAAGACGCAUCAGAGACUCUCCCAAAGGUGAUGAUGACUUCCGUCGCCAUCAACGGCGUGUUGGGAUUUAUCAUGCUGGUCACGCUAUGCUUCACACUAGGCGAGGUCAACGCAGUCCUUGGCACGCCAACGAGAUUCCCGUUUAUUAAGAUCUUCUACAACACUACUGGCAGCUUUGCCGCGACAAACGCCAUGACGGCAGUGCUGGUGGUAACACUCACUGCCAGCACAAUCACCGAAGUUGCAACGGCAUCGCGCCAGCUCUGGUCGUUUGCCCGGGACGAAGGGCUGCCCUUUUCGCCCUUUUUUGCAUAUGCUGGAACAUUCCACUCAAUUCCGUGA